AUGAACAAAUUAUUUAUUGUAACACUAUUCUGCGCAUUAUUUGUUGUUGCUAGCACUAACGCAAGUGCUGCCUCAGACCUCGGAGACUUGGUCUUGGGUGUUGUUGAGGGUUUGGAGUUCACCGUUAGCUCACACGCCAAGCAAUGCAUCAGAGACACCAAGCACACCGUCACCGCCAUCAAGGACGGUCUCGAAGAUAUCGAUCAUGGAUUCUCAAAGAAGUCGGUUCACGACGUCGCCGAUGGUCUCAAGGACUUUGGUGGUGCCCUCAUUGUGAUCCCAGAGAUCUACGAAGAGUGUGGUAUCAGCAAGUUCGUCAGCGAAAUCAAGACCCUCGCCUCAAGAUUAAAGUCCGGUGAAGCUGGUGUCAUCGAUGUCGUCCUCCGUGAAUUGAUCAACAUCUUCCAUAACCGUCACGACCUCACCUCCUACUUCAAGGAUGCUAUUGCCGACGAGAAGAAAGGAUCAUACACCGACUGUGGUAUCAACGUUGGUAAAAUCAUUGGUGUAUUAUUAAGAGAUUAA